AUGAGCACCCCAGCCCAGCCCAGCCCAGCACACACCAACCACAGCACACGCAAGCGCGACCCGUCCGAACCCGGCACGAGAUGUCUCCGCCGAGAGAAGGGAGGGAGCGCACGCUACGCAUACACACAGUCCACCUUGCCACGCGGACUGGACUGGCUGCACUGCCCAGCUCAGCUCGGCGAGCCCGACGCCGAGUCCGAGCCACGUGAGGCUGUGGCGUGGCGUUGUGUGUGUGUGCUUCUUGGACCCCCACGCGCGUGGGUUGGUUGGUGGGUGAGCAAUCUAGGUACGCAAGGUAAGGAGAGAAAGCGGGAAGGCAGGGAAGGAACGACGGCGACGGACCUAGGUAGGUGGUCAGCAGCCAGGCAGGCAGCCAGGCAAGCAAGCAAGCAAGCAAGCAAGCCUCCGGUAUCAGGCAUCAGCCACCCGCGUACCUACCUACCUACCUACCUACCUACCGUACCCGCCCACCACUCACCGAGCAUCCGCCUCUUCCUCGCCAACCAUUCCAUUCCAUUCCAUUCAUUCGCUAGGUUAGUUGUUGUUCUUGCUCUCGACGCCCGCUUGCCGCCCAUCCAGCCAGCUACUGCCAUUAUCACCCCUACCUACCUCAGCGUCACGAUAUCUGCAAUGCAAUGCACGGCGGCACAGCAUACGGACGGGACUAAGGCAGCCGGCACGUGGCGGAAGGGAAAGGCAGAAAAGACAGACAGACGAACGGGUCUCCCUGCCCACGAGGGUGAAGAGCCGAGAGGACAAGCAAGCAAGCCGAGAGAGGAAACAAGCCGCGAGCCCACCCAGAUCGGCGUAAUCGGCACGGCAUCAUCAGCAUCAGCAGCAGCAUCAUCCACGCCCACGUGGGUCCCAGUAGAUCAUCAUCGACGUGAGGUCCUUCUCUUCUCCUUCGACUUCCUUCGCCGUUCGACGCACUGA